AUGAGUCUUUGGGAAACCUUUCGCAAUCAGCGACAUGAUUUCACAGGACGGACUCCGCCAGCAAAGCGGCAACAUCGAAAUCGAAACAAGCGAAAACUGGAAACGAAUGAAGAGGGGCACAAACUGUUACAACGAGAGAGAUGUCCCAUGGUGGCUUCAGUGACUUUUCCUGUGGCCACAACACCUUCUAUAUAUUCUUCGAAUCAAAGACGGAAACCCACAUGCCACUCCAGAUUCCUUGCAUGCCACCAUCUGGUGGACGAGGAAAUCACCGAUGCUGAAACGAUAUUCCUUCAAAUGGAUCGGCUUGGUAGCUAUGAGAGUCAGUCGCAACAACGGCAACGGAGAACACGGCGAAAUAGGUUGGCGUUAUCCUUGGCACACAAGAAACUGAUGGAAUUUGAUCAGCAGAAGGCAACCAAAAAAGACUGUUAUCAAGAUGGCAGUCAUGCCAUCUAUCGAAAGAAAGAAGACUAUUCUGGAUCUCAGAUGUAUGCUAGUUGCAUCUUUUUGAAUGAUCAUGAUCGAGUGCUGGCAGCCGACGUAUCCGGCAAGAUGGAUGUUGUUAGGGUUCCUGUCUUCCCCAGUGGGAACAAUAGCAAACUGCUUGGCACAGCCUUGCUGCAAGAAUUGCAAAUUGUAGGUGCUGGGGGAAGUCAACCAAACCAGUCUACAGAUACGUCUUCGGCACUCAAGCUUCAAUCCUUGGACCAAGGCAAUCGGUUUGCAGUGGGAAUGCCCAAUGGAAACUACUGUAUUGUUGAUACCGAACGGAUGAAAGCAACGAUGGCAAUUUCUGAACCAUCAGCUUUGAACAAUACAAGGAGAAACCGCUCGAAAGUGACGCCACCAAGUACGACUCUGUCCUAUCAUACGUCUUUAUUUCCGCAAUUGCAAGCAAUCACCGUUGCAGGAUCCAGAAGGAAAUAUCACCGAGACUGGAGCAAUCCGCAAUUGUCGCUACAACAACUCUUGAAGAGCAAUGGUCGCAACUUUUUAGACGCACACAACUUUCGACAAGUCUAUGGAUGGGAUCAGAACAAGCCACGAGUAACCACUCCAGUAUCCUUUCAACUAAAUGAAUCUGCUCCCGCCCAUGCGAACACCGCCCUGUGGGACUUUUGGGAGUCGCAUCCUUCUUCCGUGUUGGCAGCUCAUGUUGAUGCCGAGCAUGAUUGCUUUUCACUCUGGGACAGCCGACAAAAGCCUACAGUCGUAAUUGAUUCAUCCUUUGGUCGGUUUUCAUCACAGACGACAGCCCAAGAUCAUGUAACAUCUUGCGCCUUUGUUUCAGAAUUCUGUUUAGCCACAUCUCAUGUGACGUGGACUGCGAAUAGCUCUUCCUUGAAUGGUCCAUCCUCGUCGUCGGUGGUGGAAUGCUUGUCCAAUGGUAGACUGCAUAAGAAACCCACUGCCAAAGCAAGUUCUCGGAUUCAGUUGUGGGAUUUGCGAAUGCUUCGAGCUCAGCGACAACCCUUGAGCUCCAUGGCAGUCGUCCCUUCUUUUCCACAAGAUAGCGUCCUAGGUGGGUCUCCCGGUCGAAUAUUUUCCAUCGGGCAAGCAGCAAAACCAAAGCAAAAUCGUAACUUGGAGUCUGCUGUUCUCAACAUACAAGCGUCGAAAUCUUGCAACAGUGCAUCAAGGCACUCUCAAGUGCUUGUGACUACUGAUUCGCAUUCCUCCGGUCUACAAUACCAUCUCUUGGAACUGGCGCAUGGGGAAAUCACCAGAACUAUUUCUCAUGGUCAAACGACUUCGGGCUUCAUGGCAGUUGCCCCUUCGCAGCAUGCCAUGGUGUGCAGUACUGCUAGCGGUACGGGGGAUUCGUUGCAAGUCUACAAUUUGUUGGACCAACGACAUUCAUCAACAGCUCGAAGCACGAGUGGAACCAAACGAUCCCAUCUUGGUCAGUCACAUGCAGCAGAAGCAGAGGCCAACGAUAGAGCCGGGGUAAAAUUCACGCCAGUGAUCAAAGAUCGACAUGGGCUGUCCACGCAACUCUCUUGUUUGGCAAUGAACUACAGCGGAACGAGCAUAAUGGGGGGAUCAAUCGAUGGAGACUUGUUUUUAUGGCGUUAA